AUGACGAUUCUGAAGGACCCGAGGAUACCUAGCACGCCCUUGAGGACAGCGAUGUCCAAGAGGAGGAAACCGCUGAAGAUGAUGCCUUUCUCAGGAGCAGACGUCGCAAGCAGCUAUGCCGAUGAUGAUGACGAUGUUCCUCUCGCAAAGAGGGCUAAACUAGCUUCUGAGAGAGCAGCGUCGGCUAAAGAAUCAAACCCUUCUCCUGCCAAGUCGACACCUCCAUCCCGAACGGGUGUAGAGAAGGUCCCAGUGUCGAGAGUUAUUCCUUCCGAUGAUGCUCCCACGCCGCCGGCUGGCCGCGAUCACCCAAUUUACGCUACAGUCGAUGCUGUGGCGGAUUUUGCUGAACAAUUUACUCGUCUCGAAGCUGAAAAUUCUCAACUUCGGAAGGCCGUCAAAUCUUCGGCUGAUCAGGUGGUCGAAGCCAACAGACUUGCUGCCGAUGCCAAAAGUGAGAAUACUUCGUUGAAGGAAGAAGUAAGUCGGCUGAAGCGUCAAAUGAAGGAUGACCAAGAUGCCAGGCGUGCAGCGGCUGCUGCGAUUGAUGAGAAGGAGGGUGUCCUCCGCGAAUCCAUCAAGGGUUUACUGGAGGCCGCCAACUUAACUGUCAGUCGUCGUCAUCAGCUUCGGGAGGAUUCUACGGCCGACGCCUUGUCACUUGCUGCUGAGUCAAAUGUCCAGAUCCUCAGAUUGCUGCAGAAGUCCAAGGGAGCGCUGUCGAAGUUAUACUCGAUGAUCUUCCCUAAGGCGAAGCUAGACAAGACUCUCGACGAGAUGGCCGAAGCCUUCCUUAUCGAUCCCUCCGAACCUGUAGAGGUAUAG